UAACAACAAUGAUCAUUGUAGGAUUUGACACAGUAGACCAUGUAGUCUAGAUUUCAUCCUGAUGUCUCAAAAGUCUGCAUGGGAUGAGAUCAGAUUUUCCUGAGCUUUCAGGUGUCAAUUGGUAGGCUACAUUUCCCUCUUCUUCCAUUUUAAGUGGAGUUGUGAGAGGAAGUUCCAUGUAAGUGGAGUUGAGGGAUGGUUGGACUGUAGACUGACUAGUUGAGUGGUUCCUGUUCCCAUGUUUAUGGCAGGCUGGCAGGUCACUGACUUUCAUAGGUGUCACCCAGCACCUGGCCCAAAGUAAAGAGCACCGGCAGGUGUGACCUGGGGGGCAAAAACUGCCAGGCUUCUCAAUCAAUAUUUAACAAGCCUCUGAAACAUUGAUUAUUUGCUCUGUAUUUCAAAUUUCCAAAUGAGAUGAUUCAACUUCUUUUGAAAGGAGUGGUAGAAGGCACCAUGGUUGUAUGUUCAACCAUGUUCAUCUCCGCUUCGGAUUUAUAGGCAUUUUCCUGGUCAACCAUUUAAAAUGCAUUUGAGCAUUAACGCGGAGGUGACAAUUAUGGCAUAUGUUCUCAAACGCUUCAAUGUUAGUGUUGAAGGUAGGCCUAGCUCCUAGUCAAACCCUGUACGUUUUAAUUCAAUAACUUAAACCUCCUAGUAGAGCUGGCACGAUAAUCUGAAAAUGAUUGCUAACGACCGUACUGAGCACUUAUCGCAGGCAUUUUGCUGAUAUUGUUCAUUAUGAUAAGGAGCCUAUACUAGAGAAAUGUGAAAUGAAAUAUGGUUGCUAAUAUGGGUGAUAGUUAAUGGGACAAUUGAUGGCUACAACCAUAAAACCAGAAGUAGCAGUUUUAAAGGAAAUAUUUGUUAUAAACGUAUUGUUCUAUUUAUGGUUAUCGCAUCAAUUCAAGCAAAUGAUCGCUAUAUAGCCAGCUGAAUCUCAGACAGAGACUUUUAACAAAGCUCUCUGAUGCUGCCCAGCAGCUUUGUACACAGGGCCUGUAUAAUCACUGUAGGACCCACUGCAGUAAAUCCAGCCAGGUGACAAGGCCAGAGAGAGACAAGUAGAUUACCUCAUGUAGUAACGCUGACAGUAUAUUUUCCCCUUUUAUCCUUGGGGUUAGCCUACUUUAUUGCAACCAUAGUGUGUGGUAUGCAAAACAUAUGGUCGUUGGUGACUUGUGGGAAUGGAAGGAGAUCUUCUCAAUGUUUUGGUAAAAUAAUCUCAGUGAGAUAUUGAAGAGCGUACCUCAGCCCUGGUCCUACCUCGGCCCUGGUCCUACCUCGGCCCUGGUCCUACCUCGGCCCUGGUCCGGAAUGUGUUUAGCUCUCGACCGUUGGACAGGAAUCAUCUUUAAACCCAGUGGACGCCAUCUUUAAACCCAGUGGACGCCUCAUUAGAUGCCACUCAGAUGUACCAUGUGCUGUUGUAGGAGAAAGAAACCCAGGAUGGAGGCGUCUUGUCUGGAGCUGGCCCUGGAGGGGGAGCGGCUCUGUAAGGUGGACGACUACAGCGCAGGGGUAUCCUUCUUCGAGGCGGCCAUCCAGGUUGGAACUGAGGACCUGCAGGUGCUGAGUGCCAUCUAUAGCCAGCUGGGCAACGCCUACUUCCACCUGCAUGAUUACGGCAAGGCCUUGGAGUUCCACCAUCAUGACCUCACCUUGACCAGGACCAUCAGGGACCAGCAAGGAGAAGCGAAAGCCAGUGGUAACCUAGGCAACACGCUAAAGGUGUUGGGUAGGUUUGAUGAGGCUUUGGUCUGCUGUCAGAGGCACUUAGACAUCGCCGUGGACCUGCACGACAAGGUGGGGCAGGCGAGGGCGCUAUAUAACUUUGGGAACGUGUAUCAUGCCAAAGGCAAGACCAUCUGUUGGAGCGGAGCGGAGCCUGGAGAGUUCCCUGAGGAGGUCAUGACUGCACUUAGGAAAGCAGCGGAAUACUAUGAAGCAAACUUAUCCAUAGUGAAGGAGCUUGGAGAUUGUGCCGCCCAGGGCCGAACAUAUGGUAACCUUGGCAACACACACUACCUAUUAGGAGACUUCCAGAAUGCAGUGGCCUCACAUGAACAGCGCCUCCAGAUUGCCAAGGAGUUUGGCGACCGCUCGGCAGAGAGAAGGGCCUACUGCAACCUGGGGAACGCCUAUAUCUUUCUGGGGGAAUUUGAAGUGGCAGCUGAGCAUUACAAGAGGACUCUGCAGCUGGCCAGACUGCUGAAGGACCGGGCUGUAGAGGCUCAGGCCUGUUACAGUCUGGGAAACACCUACACAUUGCUCCAGGACUACGAUAGGGCUAUAGACUACCACCUCAAACACCUCAUCAUCGCACAGGACCUCAACGACAGGAUCGGUGAGGGCCGGGCGUGCUGGAGUUUAGGGAACGCUCACACAGCCCUGGGGAACCAUGACCAGGCCAUGCACUUUGCUGAGAAACACCUGGAGAUCUCCAAAGAGACUGGGGACCGGAGUGGAGAACUCACAGCCCGUAUGAACGUGUCAGACUUGCAGAUGGUCCUGGGGCUGAGCUAUAGAACCAACGACUCCACCCUGUCUGAGAACCCCAUCAAGGACAUGGACUACAACCUGCACGGGGCCAGGCCCAGGAACGGCAGACGGCACAGCAUGGAAAACCUGGAGCUCAUGAAACUCACCCCAGACAAGAUCAACGCUCAGAAGUGGAACAGUGACAUCCUGACCAAGCAGUCUAAACCCACCCUGGCUAAGAGCUCCUCUAAGCUGUUCUUUGUCAGCCGUCUGCGGGGCAAGAAGCACAAGGCUGGGGGCUCCAGUAAAGUCCUGCAAGACACCAGUAACACCUCACAAACCCCCGCACAGGGACCACAGAAGAGAGCCAGUCCAGACAUGCUCGGGGACGAGGGCUUCUUUGACCUGCUGAGUCGUUUCCAGAGCAACAGGAUGGACGACCAGCGCUGUUCCAUACAGGACAAGAGCUCUUCUGACUCUCCAGCCAGAGCCAUGAGGAAAUCUGUGUCAGAGUCAGCGGCUGUAACAGGCCUGGGUUCUGGGUCUGGUUGCCGGUUAGAGGACGGUGGAGGUGCUGGUGGUAGUUUGCCCGUCCUUAGGGUCCACCAGAACAGAAGCCAGGCUGUCCUCAGCCACCUGAUGGCCAAUGCAGAUAACUCUGAGCCUGACGAUGACUUCUUCAACAUGCUCGUCAAGUGCCAGGGUUCCCGUCUGGAUGACCAGCGCUGCGCCCCUCCCCCGGCACGUGGCCCCACUGUUCCAGACGAGGACUUCUUCAGCCUCAUCAUGAGGUCCCAGGCCAAACGCAUGGACGAGCAGCGGGUCACCCUGCCCUCUGCAGCACGGCCAUGCUCCAACUGAGUCUUGCCCGAGGAGAGGGCCCCUGAUGGCGGGGUGAAAACCCAGGAGAGUGGGUCUCUCUGGAGGUGAACAGUGUGGAAGAGGAAGGGUGUUUUGUAGUUGUCCAUGACAUUGAUGCUGUACUCAAGUGGAUGGGGCUAUUUUACAUUGAAAAGUUAGUCUAUGGUCUUUUCUCUCUGUAGCAGAGUGUGUUGCUUCCAAUAAUAAUGUUUGUUGAUAAUCCUGCCCAUGGUGGGAUUCAGAAGUCUCAUGUUUCCCAGUUGAAAGCACUGCUAGCAUUAAUGUAGGUGCCUAUAGGGAACAGUCAGGAACUCUAAAAGAAACCCACUGAAGGGUUCUAGACUAUGGAACCAUCUUUCCUUAUGGGGAAUACUCGACGUUGCACUCUACGAUCUGGAACUGUACCGGACAUGUUGUGAAAUUGCACAGACAAACAUGAUGCCCUGAACCUACUCGUCUUAUGUUAACAAUUAUGUACCCCAUAGAAUUUUACUACCAUUUAUUUCUAAGCUCUUGCAUACUGCCGUUACACCUACCCUUGUGGUUGAUAUGAUUUUGCACCAGAUUUUUCUGACGUAGACUAGACUGUUACAGCACUCUUUCCAGCAGGUAGAAUGUUGGGCCAGUAACCUAAAGGUCGCUGGUUCGAAUCCUGAGCCGACCAGGUAAAAAAAAAAAAAAUCUGCCGAUGUGCUCUUGAACAAGACACUUAACCCUAAUUGCGUCUAAAUGUAUUUAAUUGUCUGUUAGAAGUUGUUAUGAAUGGGGGGGGAUGGGAUACCUCAUUUAGGUAAGGAUUUAAAAAAAGAAAAUGCUCUCAGGCUUAAUAAUCAUUGAUAAAAUAAUGAAUUUACCUGUGGAUGUGUACAGUCCCUGAUGCUCUUCUGUACUUCCUAUAUUUUCUAUGACAGAGGAAUAAAGCU